GUAUUCUACAACCUUAAAUUAGUGAAGGAACAGUCUCAGUAGUCAAUAGUCACUACUACUACCUACUACUACUCGUUUUCUCGAUAUAUCGUUGCCUUCAAAUUAUCGACGACAAGGAAGAUUCAACAACACCAAGCUGUUGUAAAGUUAAAGCACAACCCUUUCUUUACCCUCCCAAAAUUAAGCAAAAGAGGCCAUUCUAACAAUACACAAACUUUGGUUUCACACACUGAAAAAUCAACAAGAAGAGGAAGAAACUAUUAUUAUGGGCAUACUUUACGAUGAUGUAGUGAUUAUGAGGCCACCGGAGAAAGAAGGUGAUCCAACUGUGAUUACUGUUAAUUGCCCUGACAAAACUGGUCUUGGUUGUGACUUGUGUCGUAUCAUACUCUUCUUUCGUCUUAACAUUCUUAGAGGAGACGUUUCAACAGAUGGAAAGUGGUGCUACAUAGUUUUCUGGGUGGUUGGGAAGCAGAAGACGAGGUGGAGUUUGUUGAAGAAGAGGAUGGUUGAGGCAUGUCCUUCUUGUUCCUCAGCUUCAGGAAUCUCUUAUUAUCGCUCUGAUUUGCAGCCACCUAAGCCUCCUGAUGUUUUCCUUUUGAAAUUUUGCUGUCAUGAUCGAAAAGGACUAUUACACGAUGUUACAGCGGUUCUUUGUGAGCUAGAGCUUACUAUUACCAAAGUUAAGGUUUCCACUACACCUGAUGGCAAAGUCAUGGAUCUGUUUUUCAUCACAGAUACCAGGGAACUUCUACAUACAAAGAAGAGAAAGGACGAUACGAUUGAACAGUUAAAAGAAGUUUUGGAGGAUUUGAUCCUAACUAUCGAUAUUGAAUUGGUCGGUCCUGAAAUUACUGCUUGCUCACAGGCAUCUUCAUUCCUUCCAGCUGCAAUCACAGACGAUGAUUUUAAUUUGGAGUUGCCUGAUUCUGUUCGAAGCGGAACUCUCAGAGCUGAUUAUGUUUCUAUCACUAUGGACAACUUGCUUAGUCCGGCUCAUACCCUUGUCCAAAUUAUGUGCCAAGAUCACAAAGGUCUUCUUUAUGACAUCAUGAGAACUCUCAAGGACUACAACAAUAAGAUUUCUUUUGGGCGCUUCACUACAAAACCAAGAAGAAAAUGUGAGAUAGACUUGUUCAUCAUGCAAGCAGAUGGCAAAAAGAUAGUUGACCCUAACAAGCAGAAUUCUUUAUCAUCGCGCUUUAAAGCGGAACUACUUCGUCCACUCAGAGUAGCUGUUGUGAGCAGAGGCCCUGAUACUGAGCUUCUUGUAGCAAACCCUGUUGAGUUGUCUGGCAACGGCCGGCCUCUAGUUUUUUAUGAUAUUACUCUUGCUCUCAAAAUGCUCGACACUUGCAUCUUUUCGGCUGAAAUCGGGAGACACGUGAUUGGAGACCGCGAGUGGGAGGUUUAUAGAAUCUUGCUUGAUGAAGGGGAAGGGUCAUCUGUUCCAAGGAACAAGAUUGAGGAGGAAGUUUGGAAGAUGCUGAUGGGUUGGGAGUAAAUCAAUAAUCCAUGGUUGAUGUCAUGACAUUCCACCUUUUGGAUGAACCUCUCUGCCUAUGUACAGAUAUCAAUGAUGUAUCAUAUAAUUUAUUUUUAGAAGUAAUUGUGAAAUAUAUAGUGUAUGCAAAUGUAAUAUAUGUUUUUAUUCCUUUUGUAGUUCUAACUUGAUGUAUAUAAAUGAGAAGGUAGUAGCUAGUAGAUGAAAAUGAAGUGCAUAUUGUAAAGUGGUAAAUCUAUUUAUUCACUUCUUUUAUGUUGGGGUAA